AUGAAGUCAAGCCCUGGUGUUGGUAAGUAUUGUGAUCGAGACUUCGAGGACGAGAAGGUUCUCAUCAAUCAUCAAAAGGCAAAGCAUUUGAAGUGUCCUAAUUGCAACAAGAAACUGAAUACAGCUGGUGGUUUACAAGUUCAUUUCACUCAAGUCCACAAGGAGACUUUGAUAAAGGUUCCAAAUGCUAUAGCAGGCCGAGACGAUCCAAACAUUGAAAUAUUUGGUAUGGAGGGCAUCCCUGAAGCCGAUCUUCAAAAGCAUCUCGCCGAAGUAGAUCCAACAAUAUCUGCCGCCAAAAGACCCAAACUCGCCACCAUGGACGAAGACCAAAUCAAGGCUCAACUCAACCAAUGGAGAGCUUCACAAGAACAGUUUGCAAAUAUGGCUGCCAUGGUAGGAUCGGGUUCUAAUAAUAAUACAGGUGGUGCUAGUGGGGCGGGCUCUGUAUAUGGACAGCCUAUGAUGAUGAUACCUCCUCAUAUGCAAGCAAUGAACUCGGGAACGCAUAGGAUGAUGGGUGGUGGAAUGCCACCUCAAUUCCCUGGACCGUAUGGAGCUCCGCCUAUGCAAGGUAUGCCUGGUUUUCCACCAAUGAUGCAUCAACAGCAGCCUGGGUUUCCACCAAUGAUGGGAGGGCCGCCGCCUGGUAUGAUGGGAGGUCCACCGCCGUUUAUGCCACCACCAGGAAUGCCAGUGCAGUUUGCACCACCACCAAGGCCGGGUAUGAUGAUGAUGCCACCACCACCCUUCCUGAAUCCUCAAGCUGGAGGGCCGCCACCAAUGCCAAGUAUGCCAGGUCUACCACCAGCACCACGUCCAGUUGGGGAAAUCUCGGCCGUCAAUAGUACAGGUGAGAGUACUGUGCAUACAACCUCUGCCCCUGUUCGUCAACCAGGAGAGCCAUAUCUUAUCUAUGGAGAUAAUCUGGUGUCUGUGGAGGAGAAACGUGCCCAGCAUCCCAAGUAUCGCUAUGUAGAAACAAAAUCAUAG